UUAAUUAUUUUUUUUUACAUUAUUUUUGCAGUGGUUCGAAGAAGAGGUGCAGAUGGCCGGAUUCCAGUCCGCACGUUAGACCGGGGUGCAUCUUCAUCUGCAGCUGCAGCUGAGCCGACUGGAUAUCCAGGAGGGCCGUACGAUACAUCGCUUUUGGUGAAGUACGAGCAUCAUGUUGCUCGACAUAUAUGGUUCGGUGAGGAAAGAGGACCAAAGAAAGAGUUGAAGGUUGCCGGACAUGGACUGAAGUUGAAUUCUAGGGUUCCAUUGGCUCUUCCACCACAGAUGGAGAGUUGGGUAUCUAGAUCCGGUUUAGCUUCACUGCAGAGAACGAGUCUGAACAAGAUAGACACAAAUCUUGUCUCUGCAUUUGUGGAAAGAUGGCAUCUAGAGACAUCUUCAUUUCACAUGCCGUUUGGUGAAAUGAGCAUUACUUUAGAUGAUGUCGCAUGUCUACUUCACUUGCCCAUUAGGGGUAUCUUUUGGAGUCCUCAGGAUGUGACUGAAGAGCUAGCUGUUGAACUUGCUGUGGACUACCUAGGAGUGUCACAGAGUCAGGCACAGUCACAUGUUCGGAGCUGCAGGGGGUCGUAUUACAAGUUGGAGUGGUUAUAUGAUAUAUUCGUACAUCAUAGGGCUGCUUCCAGCUGGGCAUAUGCGACUAGAGCAUAUCUAUUGAUGUUGGUGGGUUCCACCAUAUUUGCUGAUAAGACCUUUACACUUGUAGAGGCACGAUACCUCCUCCUGUUUAGGGACUUGGAUGGAUGUUCAGGAUAUAGUUGGGGAGCAGCUGCACUAGUUACCCUCUACCGAUAUCUUGGAGAUGCGUCCAUGUACAGUUGCAAACAGCUAGGUGGAUAUCCUACUCUCCUACAGUGUUGGAUUCACGAGCGAUGA